AUGGAUCAAAUGCGAGAUCAGAUUCGCAGCGAACUCAGCGCAGAAUUUGCUGCCACCGUCGACAACCUUCGCGGCGAACUCAGCGUUGAAUUUGCUGCCAUCGUCGACGACCUUCGCGGCGAAAUUCAAAGCCUUCAACAGGCUCAUCAGCAAUCCAAGCUAGUUCAACCUAGCUCAUCCUCCACCAAACGCCCGAAACCGUCACUUCCGGAUCCCGAGAAAUUCACCGGUUCAGCUAUCAAGUACGAUACGUGGGACGCCGCUAUCCGUGCAAAACUCGCUAUCGACGGACCAGCCACCGGAGACGAAACAGCCCAUUUUUACUACGUCUACCUCAACCUCUCCGCCUCAGUCCAGGCCAUGGUUCUUCCACAACUCGCAACCGCACGUAAAAACGAGACUCACAAUUUCAACACUAUCCUCGACCAACUCCGCCGCGUGUACGAUAAUCCAAAGAAGAUUCAAGAAGCAGAGGAUCGUCUUCUUUCCGUUAAGCAGGUCGCCGAUGAAUCCCUCGCCGCUUACAUCGCUAAAUUCGAGCGACUCCUCUACGAAGCUCAGGGUCAGGAAUGGCCGGAUGUCACAAAGAUCUCAGCUUUCCGGAAAGGUCUUCAAUCUUCAAUCCGCAACCGCCUCUCCCAACAGCUUAAUCUUCCGCGUACCUACACCGAGUUUCUCAGGGUUGUCCAACAGCUUGCCGGUUACUCCUUCUCACACACCACUUCUUCAACCACGCCAGCCAACACUAACAAUGGUGAUCGAAUGGAUAUCGGCAGUGUCCAGAUCGGAGGAGUUAAUCCUAUGCUAGUGGCCCUUGAAGCUAGUGACUCGGAUUGA